UUCUUUAUGACUGGCAGAUUAGCAGACAACAGUUGAGAUGAAGGGACUAGCUGAUGAACCAAACUACUCCAUCGCCCUGCUGGAGGGAGCCACGGCCCUCAGCGACAUGGUUGAGAAUCACAUUUAUGAACAAACACUGGCUGAGAAGAAUGCGUUCUUCGUGGCAGACUUGGGGGUCCUUAUGAGGCAACAUGUUCGCUGGCGAACCCACAUGCCCCAGAUUCGUCCCUUCUACGUUGUCCAAGCCAACAGCAGCCUGGCUGUCAUUGAGAUCCUAGCUGUUCUCGGCACUGGCUUCAUCUGCACCAACAAGUAUGAGUUGGAGCUUGUGCAGGGCUAUGGCGUUCCCUCUGAAGACAUUAUCUACAGCGGUGUGUGUAAGCAGAUCUCCCAGAUCAAGUACGCAGCUAAGAACGGCAUCGACUUCCUGGUGUGUGACAACGAGGCCGAGCUACGUAAGAUCGCUCGCUGCCAUCCCCGUGCCAAACUGCUGCUGGAGGUGUCCACAGAGGCAUCCAGUGAGGAGAUGGGCAUGGCGUUUGGCUCCAAGCUGAAGGACUGCAGGCACCUGCUGGAGAGCGCCAAGGAACUGGGCCUGCAGGUGGUGGGGGUCAGGUUCCACAUUCCCAGCUCCUGUGACGACCCUCAGGCCUACAGCCAUGCAGUGUCUGACGCUCGCUGUGUCUUUGACAUGGGGGAGGAUAUUGGCUUCAGUAUGACAAUCCUGGAUAUUGGAGGUGGAUUCAACGGCUCAGAGACUCAGCUGAAACAGAUUAACAGUGCAGUCAGGCCGUUGUUGGACCUGUACUUCCCUGCAUCGUCUGGCGUCUCCAUCGUGGCAGAGCCUGGCAGUUACUACGUGUCCUCCUCCUUCACCCUGGCUGUCAACAUCAUCGCUAAGGAAGUAGGCGCCCGGGAUCUUUAUGGCAAUCACGAUGAACCAUCUCCCAACGAUGAGCCAGAGUUCCUGUACUACAUGAACGAUGGGGUGUACGGCUCGUUCACUAGCAAGCUAGCAGACAAUGUGAUUCCAGCUCCGGCUCUGCCCAAGAGCGGUGUGUCUGAGGAACCGGUGUUUGCCAGCAGUCUGUGGGGUCCGUCGGGUGAUGAGCUGGACCAGGUGGUGGAUCAGUGUCUGCUGCCAGAGCUCAGUGUGGGAGACUGGCUGAUCUUCAACAACGCUGGGGCCUAUAGCCUGGGCCCUCCGUCUACUUUCACAGAUUCACCCAGACCCCCCGUCUACUACACCAUCUCUACUGGAGACUGGCUUGAGAUGCAGGAUGCUGGUAUCACCCAAAACAUCAGCAUGAAGAACUUCUCUCUGGUUCCCUAUUUCCUCCACUCCAGCCAAUCAGAUGAAGCACUGUCGGUCCCAGCUUAGGCUAGCUGAACCAAUCCCAUGUCUCUGCUGUGCUGACCUCACCUGGUCAACAUUCCAAUGGGAGGAAAAGACUGAAUGGUGUUUGCUGGCUAAAAGCUUUUUAUUAUUCAUUUCAUAAGGAAUUGAGCUUUUUUGGGGGGGGAGCCCUAUACAGUAUGUUGUUGGCUCUCUUAAGGAAUAGCACAGAUGUUCCUUCCUUUUCCACAUGCAAUAAAAUGGAUGAGUCUGUAGGGAUGGAACUCCCACCUGUGGUUACAGUUUACAUACAGUAAAUGGAAUUUAAAAGUUAUACAUGAAACAUGUAUUAUAUUGCCUAUAUGUCUCCUUUUGCCAGUCUUGUAAAUUCAAUUGUUUACCUACUCAAAGUGGAGCAGUUGCUUAUUUUAACAAGACAUGAUUUUUAAAGCCAUUUUUGGAUGCUUCGCUAAAUCAUAUUUAUGUUUAUUUAUGGUUUUGUUUGUUUUUUGUGCUAUGAAUAUCUGAUCACCUGGCAUUUAUGAUCGGUCAGUAUUUAAAAGGGGGCAUACAGUAGCCAAUGAUGCAUCCCAAAUGCCACUCUAUUUACUGCACUACUUUUGAACAGAUCCCUAUCUAGGGAAUAGUGUCAUUUGGGAUGCAUAUAACAGUGCAGUUCCUCAGAUAAAGGGGAACUCUAUUUGACUUAAGCAAUAUGACUACAGAAUAUCAUUCACCAAAUAUCUCGUUGAUAGGGAGCUUGUGCUCACACUCUAAAUAUAGACCGUCUUGAGACUAUUAUCAUAAUGCAACAUUGAUGUUUCAUUUGAUUUUUAAAAUCUCUCUUACAAGUCUCUGUGGAAAGAAUUGUCUGUGAAUUGGUCUCCAGUUUUGCCUAAAGUAAAUUAAUAUAAAAGCUCUGAAUCAUAA